AGUGGGCACUGUGGCGUUCCACAAAGACCUCGCCGCACGCUCGCACACGUGAUGUUGCAAGAGGUGAAGGAUAAGAAGCACCGGGAAGCGAGCUGAAGUAUUUCCGCCGCGUCUAUCAAAGGAAAGCCGGCCCGUCGUGAGGUGUUUGGUGUGUUGUUUUUUUAUUCGCCGAGAAGUCGCGAAGAUACUGCAAGACCGGGUCGCCGUCUCAUAUCGCAGGGGAACAAUCAGAGGGUGAGCGGCAAGCCCCGGUGAGGGGCACGGCCGACAGCGAGAAGCGUUUCGAUAUCGAGAAUAACUGAGGAGAGCACAAGCUCAACGUCAUAGCAUGGCUCCACGAAAGGCGUCGGCGUGCGCCACAGGAGGCAGGAUGAUAAACCCUUCUGUCGAGCCCGCCUCGCGCCGCGAGUCCGCCCAGGAGAGGCGCGACUCCGAGGGUAGAGCGAGGCGAGCUUCAGCUAGAGCAAGCUCUAGAGAGAGCCACAAGCGUCCGUCGGCAGGGGGGCGUGACAGUGCGAGCAAAAGCGAAUCCUUGCUCUUGCCACAGGGGGGAGAUUCAACGACGAGCGCGGCAGCACUGCAAGCCCGCAACCAGCGGCGGAGUAUCGGACUCAAGCGGUUGAGUGUCAACACGCAUAUGAAGGACAGCCUGAUCAACACACUGGAGGACGUCGCACGAGACGUGAGGAUGGGGCUUCAGACGACAGGGAUCGAAAAGCUCCAAACAAUCAUGACCGAGGCCAAAGAGAAGGGGCUGGGUGUCAGCAAUCUCUUCUACUUUUUCCUGCUUCAAUCCGAGGACGGGAAACGCGAGUCCAUGGAACGGAAAGCAAGCUCAUCGCUGGAAACACCGGGAGAAACCAUGGAACCUGUCGCCGAAAAACGCGAGGGUGCUACGGGAGGCUUGUUCAAGGACACAGAAUCCUCCAAGACAAGGGCUAAGGCCGCGCGGAGCAGGGCGUCCACAGAGCUGGUGGACCGCCUGAACCGGCGACGCUACCUCUCAAUCUCGGCGAUCAUGGUCGAACAAUGUGCGACCAUCGUUGUUUCAGCCGCAGGCUCUUCCCAGGUUGACGAUCCCGCAACCAAAGAAGGGGAUUCUUCGACGUCCGGACGAAGAAGAAGCAGCAUGUCUCGGAGGUCGUCUUUGGCGGAGGAAGCCAUGAUGCGCGACAGGCUCAUCACGUCCGCCUCCUUUCAGCACGGCUUGACAACGCUUGGUUUCAAGAUCAGCACCGAGGCGAAGAUAACGCGAAAUGAUUACGAGGCUUUGUUGGGGUUUGCAUGAGAAUUCCGAUGGUCUUUUGUUCCUCACCAGUGGGCUGGUUUGUGAUUCACCGAUAAUCGGCCCAACGCGCCCCAGCCAACCAAUAUCAACUGGGAUAGAAUUGACACGUUGCAAUGUCGCAUGAUCGUACGUUUGUACGGGACCACGACUGUUGUCGAGUGCUUUGGUCAUGGCGACCAACUUCAAGCCCUAACAACAAGGAUGUUGUUCACGCACCACGGACGCGCAACCAUGAAAGAGUGUGGGGGU